GUCACCUGAAUGAAGAACUGGAGGAAAAGUUAGUAUCAAAGCGAGGAGACAUUUAAAGUGAAAGAAGAAGAAGAGAAACAACAAGAUCCGGGUACUAAAGUCCAGCGUUUGAUAUCAGCGUCUCUUUAUUGUUUGAUCUCCGCCGCCCUGACGGGGUUUCUUGGACUUUCAAACACUUUUUAAAGCUUUUCUUUUGAUGAAAAGACAGAGACAGGUUGGUGUGGUGUAGAGACUGUUGUGGUGUCAGUUUGGUGUCCCAGAUUGGGACAGACACACACAUCUGUGAUAACAGACACUGUCACAGCCACACACACGCACACACAGCCGGAGGAGGACGGAGCGUGUCACCAUCAUGCCUGUGCGACAGAAAGAUGCUCAGCGAGCCUUGGAGCUUCUCCAGCAGUAUCGGGCCAAGCUGGACCAGAGACAGCACAACCAGAGCCGGACCAAGCAGGGCCAUGUGGAGGAAGAUUCCCAGCUGCAGCAGUCUCUGGACAGAGUCAUCAAUGUCUUCCAAAGUCAGCUCUUUAGCGCUCUGCUUGAUAUUCAGGAGUACUAUGAAUUGACCCUCCUUGCAGACAGCAAGUGCUCUGUGGACCAGACAGAUGGUCCGUGGAACCUCCCUGCCUCUGGUAACCUGCUAGCAGAGCUCCCAGUCCAGCCACAGCCCUCCUCUGGUCCCUUGAGCCCCCAGGCUUCUGGAGGAUCCCCCCAGCCAAAAUCCCCCCUGACCCCUAAGGCCAAGUCAAUCAAGUCCCAUGCUGCUCCACUCCCAUCCGGGACACCCACAUCAAAGCCAUCUUCCCCUACAACGCCGUCCAUUACACCCCAGUCAGAGCCAGGCAAGGUCAAGUAUCGUGCUCCUCUCCCUCCUGUCCAUCCUGGAGCCUCCACAUCAUUGGUAUCGGAGACUCAUUUUCCGUCUUCUCCCUCUGCUGCCACGUUCUCCGGAGUCACAUUGAAUGGUGCAGAAACCCCCACUGGCUCCAUUAAAACACCUCCUGGAGCAUCACCGAAUGGAACAAAGCCACAUGUUACUGCCACCAACUCUAACGCUUCUUCAGAAAGCUCCAUCACUUACGUCAAUGCACAAAGCGAUCCUGUCUCUCCAGACCUCAGCCUGGUGACUGUCUCAGCCCUCGUCUCCAGCACCAUCCAAGGCUUUGUGUUUCCAACCACUCCAGACAAACUUAGCCCCACCCACACCACUCCUAUCACCAGCCCAGGUUUCAACAGAGUCACAGACGCUGAUAAAGUCUCUACACCUCCUGCGACCAGCAAGGACCCAGGCAUACGCCAAGUCACUCCCGGCACGAGUCCAACUAGCCCCAACCAGGGGAAAUUUACCUUCAGCAGCCGCAGCCCCACAGGUCCUCCAGGGCCUUUGACGAAAGGGCCUUGUAUGAGUCCAACCAGCCCCGGGCCACCAAAAGUCACCUCCACUAGCCCUAGCCGAGGUCCAGCCAGCCCCACUAGCCCUAGCCGUGGUCCAGCCAGCCCCAGGCCAGCUACAAGCCCACUGACCCCCAACAAGGUAGAAUCUCCUGAGGUUCCCUUUGAUGACGAGGCGUGGCCUCACCAAGAGGGAGAGAGGCUGAACGAAGUCCCAGCUCCGCCUUUCUCUUCCCUCUAUCCACAGAGCCACACCUACUACCAGGCCAACCCCCCUCCAGUGGUGGUCAACGCCGACAGCGUCGAUACCCCCCCAUAUGUCAAUGGAACAGAAGCAGACUAUGAGUAUGAGGAAAUCACGCUGGAGCGGGGUAACUCAGGCCUGGGGUUCAGUAUCGCAGGAGGAACUGAUAACCCUCAUAUCGGAGAAGACCCCUCUAUCUUCAUCACCAAGAUUAUACCUGGAGGGGCCGCAGCCCAGAAUGGACGACUCAGGGUGAAUGACUGUAUAGUCCGGGUAAAUGAGACAGACGUCAGGGACGUGACCCACAGCGGGGCUGUGGAGGCGCUGAAGGAGGCAGGAGGUCUGGUCCGACUAUGCAUACGACGCAGGAGGAGCCUCACCGAGAGAGUCAUGGAUAUCAAGCUGGUCAAAGGGCCCAAAGGUUUAGGAUUCAGUAUAGCAGGUGGAGUUGGAAACCAACAUGUCCCGGGUGACAACGGUAUCUACGUGACCAAGAUCAUCGAGGGAGGGGCUGCACAUAAAGACGGACGGCUACAGAUAGGGGACAAACUUAUGGCUGUGAACGCCUCCUGUUUGGAGGAGGUGACUCAUGAGGAGGCAGUGGCCGCCCUGAAGUCCACUCCUGACGUUGUUUACCUCCGCGUGGCCAAACACACCUCCCUUUUUAUCAAUGACAACUUCCCUCCACCCGACGUCACUAAUUCGUACUCCCCACAUCAGGACAACCAUAUAAGCCCCUACAUGAGCGGCAGCCAGUCUGUAAGCCCCGCCCCAUUGACCACGCCCAGAUACUCCCCUCUGCCCCGGGCCAUGACCGGAGACGACGACAUCCCCAGGGAACCCAGGCGGGUGGUGCUCCAGCGGGGGACCACAGGUCUCGGCUUUAACAUUGUUGGAGGGGAGGAUGGAGAGGGGAUCUUCAUCUCUUUCAUUCUCGCCGGAGGUCCCGCUGAUCUCUGUGGGGAGCUACGAAAGGGAGACCGCAUCCUGUCGGUGAACGGUGUGGACCUGUCCAGUGCAACACAUGAGCAGGCAGCCGCAGCUCUGAAGAACGCAGGACAGACCGUUACCAUAGUAGCGCAGUACAGACCUGAGGAGUACAGUCGUUUCGAGGCGAAGAUCCAUGACCUGAGGGAACAGAUGAUGACCAGCAGCGUCAGCUCCAGCUCCACGUCGCUCCGCUCCACACAGAAACGCACACUUUACGUCAGAGCGUUGUUCGACUACGACGGAAGCGCGUCAGAUCUGAGCGCGCCCAAUCAGGCCCUGCCAUUCCAUUUCGGGGAUGUCCUCCACGUGAGCAGCGCUGGCGAAGAGGAGUGGUGGCCCGCCCGCCACCUCAGCCCCCCGCCUCCAAACUGCCCUGAAGUCGGAGUCAUCCCCAGCCGCAGGAGGGCAGAGAAAAAAGAGAGGUCGCGGUUAAAGACGGUCAGAGUGACGAGGUCUGGGGACAGAUCGGACCAGGAUGAUAAAGAGCUGGUAACCUCUGGCACCAGCGAUAGUGAGAGUAGUUCCUCCGGCCAGGAGGAAACCCUCCUCACCUACCAACCUGUCAUGCAGCAGGAAGUUAAUUACACGCGGCCAGUCAUCAUUCUCGGACCGAUGAAAGAUCGGAUCAACGAUGACCUCAUCUCUGAGUUCCCUGACAAGUUUGGCUCCUGCGUCCCACACACAACGCGGCCGCGGCGAGACUACGAGGUGGACGGCAGAGAUUACCACUUUAUGGCCUCCAGAGAGCUCAUGGAGGGAGAGAUCCAGGAACACAAGUUCAUAGAGGCUGGACAGUAUAACAACCAUCUGUAUGGAACCAGCAUACAGUCGGUCAAAGAAGUCGCUGACAAGGGUAAACACUGUAUACUGGAUGUAUCAGGGAAUGCGAUAAAGCGUCUCCAGUUGGCAGGCCUCCAUCCCAUCGCUGUCUUCAUUAGACCACGCAACGUCGACAACAUCCUAGAGAUGAACAAGCGUUUCACUGAGGAGCAGGCGAGGAAGACCUUCGAGAGAGCUGUCAAACUGGAGCAGGAGUUCACAGAGUUCUUCACCGCUAUCGUCCAGGGCUUGUCUCUAGAGGAAGUGUAUUCGCAGGUGAAGCAGAUCAUUGAGGAGCAGUCUGGUCCUUACAUCUGGGUGCCCACCAAGGAGCGACUCUGAAUAAACACACACACACUAACUACAUGAUCACACACACGUCACUCUCUCAACACUUCCUACGUCUCUAAUUUUCUAUUAUCAGCCUGCUUCCUCUCUCUCUCUCUCUCUCUCUCUCUCUCUUGUACACACACAUUACUACACACACACAUUCACACAAGCACAUGAAGUCGGACGAGGCUGGGACUAUCUGGGACUGCUACUUCCUGAAGUGGGAGGGGCUAAUGUCUGUCCAGCAGCCUAUUGGUGGAUCUUCCUACAGCUCAGUUCCUUAAUGUUUAAGGAGGUGGUUCAAAUCAAGGCGACAUGUACCAUUAUCUGAUUUGAUUUCAUUAUUGUUCUUCUUAUUGUUGUUGUCGUUGUUGUUUUCAUAUUAACGAAGGGUAAUGCAUUCAUGUAUGGGUUUGUAAUGAUAAUAUUGUCACCAAGAGGCAGACUUUUGCACGCUGUAGCUUUAAGAGCAUGUUUUUGGGACAAAAUCUUGAUCUCCUUCCCAUUCUGUCUGUCUUUCCUCACGGCAUUGCUCCCGUUUAGUCUUUUUCUGUCUUUCUCUCGUAUCCCCUCCUCCUCCUCCUCCUCCUCCUCCUCCUCCUCCUCCUUUCCCCUUUAGACUACAAUCUUCAGAUAUAAGGUGAAAACGUUAUAAUGUGCCCCAGCAUUUUUGGUAACAAGGGCCAAAAUUAAACUAUAGUACAAUUACUGUUUAGAGACGUAGCAAGAAAAUAAUCUUAAGAAUUUUAGGAUUGCUAAAAUUGGGACUAUUGUCGAUAUUUCUUGUAACAAGCAGACAUUCUCAAUCAAAACUAAAGUAGAAAACAAAAUUAGAUAAAAUAAAUAAGUAUGGAGCCUCAUAAUGUUUUUAGAGUCCAUUUGGAGCCCUGAUCCUGUAUUUCUCACAUUUCUGAGAAUUAUGCUUAUAAAAAAAGUUAUUCGUUAAAAGUAAAGAUUAGGAAACAUCACUCCGAUGUACAGUGAAGUGUAGGUGUGACCUUUAAGAGCAGCUUUCAAGUGAUCACAUGAUUAAUAACAUGUAUGAUCAGAGAAGGAACAGCCAAUCAGAGAUAAGAAUUUACCAAACAUCCGCUCUGUCAUUGUUCUUAAAAAUGCUUCAAUUUUACUCAUUUUAUUUUGCAAAAACGUGUCAUUUUAAUUGUUAAAAAGUCAAUUUUAUUUGUGUGAAAUCCAUUCUUAAAUUCUCCAGUAUAAAUUAAGAGUGAAUUAACAACAAUCUAGUAUAUUUAUAAUACAUAAUUAUGGAUGAAAUAAUGGGCUGAAAUGGAAACAAAUAGAAAACCAAACUGAACUCUGCUGUUGGUAGACGAGGUACACCAGAGAAAACUGAUAAUGAGGGUAACAUUAGUGCCACAUUGACAAGUGCAGAUAAUGAAGAUGCAUGGAAAGUGAUAGCAAACAGAGCCAAUGACAACGUUUGUCUUGUUGUUUGCACCCUGAUAAACAAAAGGAACAGCAGUGUAGAAUCCUAUUAAAUGUUCACAUCAAAUGCAAAUAAUAGGCUAAAACUUCCUUAUUCUGAAUUACACGUAUUGCUCAUCAUGACCAAUAAUCGUUUGUACAAUCCUUCUAAAACACUUAAAUGUAAAAGUGACGGAUUUCAAGUCUUUUAUCAAACUUUUAGCAGUUUGAUAAAUACGGGCCCAGAUACUCCGUUUAAAAAAAAAACUUGUAUUACCCAAUUCUUCGUCCCAGAAGGGCUUCUCUGUCUCCCCUCCUCCUCCUCUUCCUCCUCCUCUCUGUCUCAUGCCUUCAUGUCUCUCCUCCUCUUCCUUCUCCACAUUCACAGUGUGACAUUAGCAUCAAACAGUGUAUCACCUUCUUCAUCAACACUAUCAUCACGAUCAUAAUCAUCAGCAUCAUCGUUAUAGCUUUCCUUCUUACUGUAGUUGCACUAAUGAGGGCUGGUUUCUUAAAAGCAUCUUAGCGUGACAGAAUCACAGUGUUUCUGGUAUUUGGAUGUGUGACACGCUCACUUUUCCUUCAGCUAUCAGUGAUUAUUAUGGUUUGAAAGAGCUAACGAGGUCAGGGAACUCUUUAUGGUCAUUUGCUGUAUGUCAUGCUAUUGUUACGUAGUUAAAGAGAGCAGGUGAACUCUGGUAAACUCUACGGUUAUGACCCACUAAUCGACUGCAUUAGCCCUUUUUUUUGCAACAUCAUGCUGGGUUUACAUGUUUGAGCCUUCAGUCCCAGUGUGCAUGAGCAACACCUGAAACUAGCUCCAUUUGUGACCUUAGUGCUCCAUCCGUCACUCCAUGACACAGGCAAAUGGUGGACAAUCAAAGCGUUAUAUUUGUACCUGUUAUCCAGCGAUGGGGUCGUAUCAUCAAAGAUGUUUUCAUGAUCACACAGACUUCUACAGUCUGCCAAAAACGACUGGAAGAUGUUUUUAUUUUUGAAGCACUAUUUCCUGCAUUUUAGGCGCUACAACAUGCAACUUUACAGUAUAAGUAGCCUAUAUGGAAGCUGGAUGCUCAGUCACGUCACCCUCGUUUUGCACAUCUGGACACCCACGGGCAGCAUUAUUCAAAUCUUGCCAUUAGUUUUGCGCUUUAAUGCUGAUCAACAGUUGGUGGCAGGAUCAGCUGUGAAUGUAAACAUAACACAAGAAAACUCUACAUGGCACCUUUUAAUGUACGUUUCAGCAAAAAAGAAAAGCAGUGAGUGUCACUAUUUAAAUUUUCGAACAAACUUGUAUCUUUUCCGGGCAGAUAUAGACAUCUGUGAGACAUCUUAAAGACGUAACCCUCUGCUGGGUAACAGGUUAAAAAAUAAUGAUUUGGCUUUUCCCUUAAAGCGACUAUAAUCAAUAUUUUUAUAAUAACAAUGUAUAAAAUGACAAUGUGAAAACAAUGUGACAAUGUGAACAGAUAAUUAUCAGCUGAAUCUGCAGCUCCCUCUGUUUUACGGAGCUUUAUAGUGAGUUUCAGUUCACUGUUUAGCUGUUUUGGUUCACUCUCACCGCUAUCAUAGCGUCGUUUUUUGUCCGCAGCAGGCAGCCGUUUUCAGUGAAAAAGCUUUAUAUACCCACUGUACGCUACCUGCCAAGCAACAAACAGCAGACAGACAGAGUUAACAACUAGCUGGUGAACAUAGUGGAACAUUUAUCAGCUAAAGAGUCGGACGUUUUCUUCAGGAGGUGGUGGAGACCAAAAACAGAGCAAAAAGAGAGUGAAGUCACAAAUGGGGCUUAUCUGAAACAUGACGAUAAUCUCUGUUGUUAGGCGUAACAUUUGAAAUACCGAGAUGCUUUUGGUAACACAGCCCCUGUAUGGACCUUGUCAGCCACCCACUUCCCAUCUCCACCCUCAACCCCCUGAGGCGACUCCUCCAAGCUGACUGGAGACCAGAGACGCACAGAAAGACCGUUCUGUCGACAGAUUAGACUCUUAACAAUGAAUAGUUUUGACCACAUGUGUUUUUGAAAGCUUUAAUAUUUCCUCACAGAAUGUCCAGCUAAAUGAUUUCUUUCCAUCUAUAAUCCUGUAUGAAUCCAGUGAACCCGUGAUGUUGUCAGUUGACAGAACUGGACUCUCUGUGUGACUCUGGCUGUGUGUUUAAGCCAGGGGACCAUGCCACUGUCUGUUAGAGUAAAGCACUGAUGCAAAGAAUCUAUUACAGAGAUGGAUCUAUAUCUAACAUAUUAUAAUAUUUAUCCCUGCUCUAACUGCCUAUUUUGGUACAAAAAAAAUAAAAGUCUUCAUUGAGAUUUACUGAAAUCCCUCGA